AUGGAGGUGAAGCGAAGGGAGGUGGGCAAUCUGGUGCUGGAGGACGUGCCCGAGUCGGUGCCGCACAUCACGCAGCGGCUCGAGCAGUACCAGAACACUCGUGGGGCCAACCUGCACGAAUGGCACCGUGCAUCCGCAGACUCUGCGGAUCAGGUGGAGGGUAUGCUCAUCUCCACCCGCUUCGCCGACACCACUCAACUCCACUACAUCUCCCGCCCCGCUGGGUUUCGCAAGCAGCUGACGUUCUUCAAGGAGCCCGUGCUGUCUGCCUCGAUGUGCCUCAACCCCGCGUCCCCAUACCGCAACAGCGUGCUGUUCCUGCGGGACGUGGGCGGGGCCGAGCAGUACCAAAUCUAUCACUUCGACCUCGCCACGGCCAAGUACGCCCUCCUGUCCGACGGCGUCUCCAAGGCGCCGAGCGGAGACCGAUUCGCGUACUUCAGCACGCAGCGCAAUGGGAAGGACUGGGACAUCUACGUGAGCGAUCUGUCCGGGAGCUUCGGUGAGGCGCCCGCGCAGCAGGAGAUGGUACUGAGCGAGGGCGGCUCCUGGUACCCCACGGACUGGUCGCACGACGGGUCCAAGCUGCUCGUCAAGAAAUACAUCAGUGCCAACGAGUCGCUGGUCCAUGUGCUGCAUUUGGAGAGCAAGGCGCUGAUGCAAGUGAACCCGAGCGAGGACAAGAUCUCCUACGGCCCGGCUCUGUUCACCAAGGACGGCGAGGGGCUGUUCAUGUGCUCCGAUGAAACGGGCGAGUUCCAGCGCCUCUACUACUACGACCUCAGCGAGAACACGCUGCCGAAGAUGCUCACCGCUGGCAUCCCGUGGGACAUCGACGCGCUCGAGCUGUCACCCGAUGGUAAGGACUUCGUCGCGGCCAAGCGCUCGCCCAAGCGCUUGAGAUUAACACGUGGUGGCGGCGGCGGUGGCCGAUCAAAAGGCAAGCGAUUGCUGUUCAUCACCAACGAAGACGGCAUCUCGGUGGUCUACGUCAUGGACACCACCACCUUCCAGUACCAGCGCCUCGCCAACACGCCCGUGGGCUUGGCCUACUCCGCCAGGUGGCACCCCAACAGCCGACAGAUUGGCAUCGUGUUCAACACGGCCCAGACGCCCGGCGAUAUCUACACCCUCGACGCGCCCUCGGGUGAGGGUGAAGGUGAGGCGGCUGUGGCGCCGGCGCCGCCGGUGCGUUGGACGUUCAGCGAAGUGGGCGGCCUCAACACCGAGUCCUUCGUGGUGCCGAGCCUGAUCCACUUCGAGACGUUCGACGACGAGGAGGGCGAAGAAGGCACCAAGCGGACCAUUCCCGCCUUCUACUACAAGCCCCGCGAACUGCCGGCCGCCGACAAAAAGCUCCCCGUCAUCAUCACCAUUCACGGAGGACCUGAGAGCCAGUGGCGCCCGCAGUUCAUUCCGCGGGUGCAGUACUACUGCUGCGAGAUGGGCGUGGCGGUGCUGGCCCCCAACGUGCGCGGGUCUUCGGGCUACGGAAAGUCCUACCUCCUGCUCGACGACGGCUUCAAGCGCGAAGACUCGGUCAAGGACAUCGGCAUGCUCAUCCAGUGGGUCAAGCAGCAGCCGGAGCUGGACGCGGAUCGUGUGAUGGUGGACGGAGGUUCGUACGGCGGGUACAUGGUGCUGGCGUCCAUGAUCCACUUCGGCAAGGAACUGUGCUGCGGUGUGGAGCGGGUGGGUAUCAGCAACUUUGUCACCUUCCUCGAAAACACCUCCGCCUACCGACGUGACAACCGACGGGAGGAGUACGGCGAUGAACGGAUCCCCGAGAUGAGGAAGUUCCUGGAGGAGAUAUCGCCCACCGCCCGCGCACACGAGAUCAGCAAGCCGAUGCUCAUCUCCCAGGGCGCGAAUGACCCGCGCGUGCCCGAGUCUGAGUCGGAGCAGAUCGUGAAGCAGAUACGCAAGCCCGACGCUCCCGUGUGGUACAUUCUCGCCAAGGACGAAGGCCACGGCUUCAAGAAGAAGGUCAACAUCGACUUCUACCUCGAGCGGGAGGCCAUGUUCGUGGAACAAUACCUCCUUCGCAAGUAG